AUGAAUUUAAUAAAGAAAUGCUUUAAAAAGCCGAAAAUAAAAGAGAAUUUAUCAAAACAUAGUCCACCAGAAGUAAGUUCGCAACAUUCACAGUCAACAGAUGAAAGAAAAAAUUUACCGACACGUAGUCCACCAAAAAUAACGUGGCAACAUUCAUGGUCAACAGAUGGAACAAAAAAUGGUUUAGAAAACUCUCACUUUCAAAUUAUUCCUACUGAAGUCAUAUUACACAUAUUCAAAUAUCUGUCUGUUCAUGAUUUAGGUAAUGUAUCAUUGACUUGCCGUUCAUUUAAAAUGAUUGCCGAUCAAGAUGAAAUAUGGGAACUAAAAUGUAAUUCAUCAACAAAAUUACAUUCAAAAUCUUAUAAAGAAAUCUAUAUAGAUUGGAUGUAUGAAAAAUAUUUGCGUAAUAUAGAAUUAGAAGAAGUUGAAGCUAACUAUCGUAAGGAACGCUCAAACAUUUCCUGUGGAAUGCACUGGAAUCGAUGUGAUUGUUUUGUUCGACCAGAAGACAAACAUCCUUUUGAAUCUAUUGGCGGAAUCAGAAAGCAUCAAAAUGAAUCGAAAGAUAUGUAA